CUCGGCUUGCUAAGAAAAAGACUUCUCCAUCAAUUGAUGUUAGCCAUUGCUUUUAAGCUUUAUACAAGAGAUAGCAUUGAAACUGAUCUCAGAGGCGAGGCGUCUAUCAAUUCCAAUAUCAUUCUCAAGAUCUUUAAUUUGAGCUCACAGCCCUUUGUAUUUUCCCCUUUUGUCUGCCUCAUUCUCUCAAGGUUAGCACUGAAUCUACACUUUUAUCUAAUUUACUUUUUUUUUUUCCAGUUUAACAAGAUAGUUUUAAGAUUGGUUUCAGAUCAGAAAGCUUCUGCUAGAAUUCACACUUUUAAUCUUUGAUGGCUUCCAUGGGGAUCCAAAUAGCUUCAGCUUCAGCUUCAUUUUCUUCACCUUCUUCAACCCGACAAUGGAAGUAUGAUGUGUUCCUAAGCUUUAGAGGUGAAGACACCCGCACAAGCUUCACAGAUCAUCUGUAUGCUGCUUUAAAUCAAAAGGGAAUUGUUGCCUUUAGGGAUGAUCGAAGCCUUCAAAGAGGGAAAGAAAUUGCUCCAGAACUUUUGAAAGCAAUUGAAGACUCAAGGCUUUCAAUUGUUGUUUUAUCUAGAAAUUAUGCUUCAUCAACCUGGUGCUUGGAUGAACUUGUCAAGAUUCUUGACUGCAUGAACACUAAGGGACAAAUCAUUUUUCCAAUAUUCUAUAAUGUUGACCCUUCUGAUGUACGGAAACAAAAAGGGUAUUUUGAGAAAGCUUUUGCUAAGCAUGAUGAAGAUUUUGGGCAAAAUGCAGAAAAGGUUAAUAAGUGGAGGACUACUCUGACAAAGGUUGCCAAUCUAUCUGGAUGGGAUUCACACAACAGGCAUGAAACGGAGUUGAUCCAAGACAUUGUUGAAGCUAUACUUGCUAGAUUGAAUCAUGCUGUCUCAGCCCCAAGUGAGAAACUUAUUGGAAUAGAUGAUCAUCUUGAGAAAAUGAAUUCAUGCUUAGCUAUGAGGUUUGACGAUGUUCGCAUUGUAGGCAUCCAUGGUAUGGGUGGGAUUGGAAAGACUACUCUUGCUAGAGAAAUUUUUGAUAGGAUAUCUAAUCAAUUUGAAUCUAGCAGCUUUGUUGCCAAUGUUAGGGAGGUUUCUGAGAAAAGUGGUCUAUGUGCUCUUCAACAUCAGCUUCUUUCUGAAAUCUUGAACGAAGAGAAUAUAAAAAUAUGGGAUGUUUGCAAAGGAAGCAAUAUGAUAAGGAAUAGAAUUUGUCGCAAAAGGGUUCUUGUUGUACUUGAUGAUGUAGAUAAAAGAGACCAAUUAGAACAUUUAGCUGGAAAUCAUGAUUGGUUUGGCUUAGGAAGUAGAAUCAUAAUCACUACCAGAGAUGUACAUUUGCUUGAUCAGCAUAAUGUAGAUGAAGUGUAUAAGAUGGAGAAACUAGAUCACUGCUAUGCUUUAAAACUAUUUAGUUUGAAAGCAUUUAAGAGUGACAAUCCUAUGGAAGGUUUCAUAGACCUGUCCGAAGAAAUUGUGAGAUAUGCUCAAGGACUUCCAUUGGCUCUUAAAGUUCUUGGAAGCUUUUUUUAUGGUAAAAGCUUAGAUGAAUGGACUAGUGCACUGGGAAGAAUAAAAGAAGAUUCUGAAAAGGAAAUUUUUGAUAGACUUGAAAUAAGUUUUCAUGGACUAAAACCAACAGAAAAGAAGAUAUUUCUAGAUAUCGCAUGUGUUUUCAAAGGGUUGGAUAAAGAUUAUGUAAUGAGUUUGCUUGAUAGUUUUGGUUUUCAUGCAGCUAUUGGAAUUCGAGUUCUCAUUGAUAAAUCUCUAUUAACUAUUAUUGGGAAGAAUACAUUGUGGAUGCAUGAUUUGUUGCAAGAAAUGGGUCAAAAGAUUGUUUGGAAAGAAUCACCUGAUGAGCCUGGAAAGCGCAGCAGGUUAUCGUUUGAUAAGGAUGUCUAUCAUGUCUUAACUGAAAAUUCAGGAACAGAAGCAGUUGAAAUGAUGAGUGCCAACUUUUUGGGACGAAAAAAUAUAAACUUGAGUGCCAAAGCCUUGUCAAAUAUGCGCAAGCUAAGACUCCUCAAAAUCGAGAAUGUGCAACUUUCCCAAGGCUUAGAAUUCCUUUCUAAUGAGAUAAGACUUCUUGAAUGGCAUGGUUACCCCUUGAAAUCUUUACCGUCAUGCUUCAAACCAGAAAAACUUGUUGAACUGCGAAUGCCUUGUAGCUGCAUCAAACAACUGUGGAGUGGAAUCAUAACUUUAGAUGGGUUAAAAUAUAUCAAUCUCCGCAAUUCACAAGCCUUACGAAGAACCCCUGAUUUCACUAGAGCACCGCACCUUGAGAAACUAGUUCUUGAAGGUUGUACAAGCUUAAUAGAAGUUCACCCAUCAAUAUUUCUUCUCAAAUGGCUUAUGAUCUUAAAUAUGAAAGAUUGCAUAGGUCUUCAGACACUUCCAAUCAGCAUUGAAAUGCCAUCUUUACAAGUUCUUAUUCUCUCUGGCUGCUUUAAAUUGAAGAAGUUUCCUGAAAUUAAAGGAAAUAUGGAACACUUAUUGGAGCUGCAUUUAGAGGGGACUGCUAUUGUAGAACUGCCAUUGUCAAUUGAACAUCUGAGUGGCCUUGUCCUGUUGAAUCUGAGAAAUUGCAAAAGACUUAUCAGUCUUCCAAGCAAUAUUUUUCAUUACAUUUCUCUCAAAACUCUCAUUCUUUCCGGCUGCUCAAAAUUUGAUAAAUUUCCUGGGAAGUUGGGAAAUGAAGAAUGCUUGGAGGAACUUGAUAUUAGUGGGACUGCCGUGAGGCAAUUGCCAUCUUCCAUUGUACUGUUAAAAAACCUCAGGAGAUUAACUUGGCAGGGAUGUGAAGUCCAACCAUCGGAACCAUGGAGUUCUCUUCUUAACUACUUCUCAAGUUGGCAAUCCCUGACAUCUCUAAAUCUAAGCAAUUGCAAUUUUCCAGUAGUAGUAGUUCCAAGUGAUAUUGGUUGCUUAUCGUCAUUAAAGGUCUUGGAUUUAAGUUUUAAUAAGUUUGCUAGUCUACCUGCUAGCAUCAGUCAACUUUCAAGUCUCACAGUCCUAAGAUUGGUUGAUUGCAAAUGGCUUCAAUCACUGCCAGAACUCCCAGCAAAUGUAAAACGUGUGUUUGCAGGUGGUUGUAUUGCACUGGAAAAUAUCCCAAAUCCUCUAAAGCCUUGCACUCCGCGGGACUUACAAUUAAAUCUUUUCAAUUGCCAUAGAUUGGUUGAUCAUCAUAAUUUGAGCAGAUGGGCAUGCAAAUUGCUGAAAACACAUCUGAAGGGACUUUCUAGUGAAGCAUCCUUCAGGUUUGAGGUUUGUAUUCCUGGAAGUGAAAUUCCAGAAUGGUUCAAAAAUCAGAACAUGGGAUCUUCAGUAAGUUUAGAUUUACCCCCACAUCGGAAUAAUGAUAAUUUGAUGGGAAUUGCUAUUUGUGCUAAUUUUAUACUUCGACCUUCAGCUUCUUCCAAUUAUGGCUAUAAGAAGAAAACAAGGUUAGGCUAUUUUAUUCUAGGUUGUGGCAUUAAGAAUGAUCAAGGUAAGGAUGCUUUAAUAGAUCCUUCAUUGUAUUCAGCAACCUUAGAAGAAAACUCUGCCCAAAUUGGGUUAGAUCAUCUUUGGCUAGUGGGUGCAAGGUCGAGUAAGACUGCUUCAUUGGAUGGCCAUGACCCCAAUGGCAGAUCACUUUCAUUUUGGGCCCUAACAGCAUUUUCUAAUUUAGAAGUGGAAUAUAGGAAGUGUGGAUUCCGCUAUGCAUACUCACAAGACUUGGAAGAGUAGCACCAAACAAUUAUUAGAAAGCCUUGAAGUGAAUAGAGCACCAAACAAUCAUUAGAAAUCCUUGACGUGAAUAGGUUUGUUAUGUGGCUUGAAUUUUAAAUAUAUUUUUUUAAUAAAUCGAUUCAAAAGUUUUGCGAUUAGAAUUGAAGAAAAAAUAGAACUGAAGAGAUUGUAUCGCACUUUGUUGUUGUAAUUUUAUCUCUCCUUUAUUUAUGGAUGUAGACCUUUCAAUCGGAUCAAAUUAAAUUUUUUAUAUCUA